CCGCUGCCGCUUCAACAUGGCGGCGCGCAGCCCAGUGCCGCGGGGGGGGGUGUUGUCGUUGUUGAAGCUUUAUUGUUCCCGCGGUGGCGGCCGCUGCCGCCGCGCCUCGUGUCCGCCGCGCCGCUCCCAAUAAAGUAUAUUUUGAAUUACCUGCCACAACAUACCGCUUAAAGAAGGUGCUGAAAAAUGUGCCCAUUGUUGCCCAGACUGCAGCUCAGCAGUUAUAGAAGUCUUCCAGGAGAUGGAGGAAGUGAGUUGGCUUCCUGGGGUAAAUGCUGGGCUUUCUGAAAGCGGUGUGGAGACCAUGUCCAGAGGAGGCCAGUAGACCCUGGUGCCAUGGAGCUUCCCAGUUACAGCAAGCAGCUGCUGCAGCAGCUGUAUGCUCUCUGCAAAGAGCAGCAGUUCUGCGACUGCACCAUCUUCAUUGGGAAUGUUCAUUUUAGAGCACACAAGGUGGUUUUGGCUGCUGCCAGCCUGCUUUUUAAAUCCUUGUUGGACAGCACAGACACCAUCUCCAUCGAUGCUUCUGUGGUGACCCCUGAGGAGUUUGCACUCUUGCUGGAGAUGAUAUACAGUGGCAAACUCCCACUGGGGAAACACAAUUUCACCAAAGCUAUCUCCGUGGCAGAUAGUCUGCAGAUGUUUGAUGUGGCUGUUAGUUGCAAAAACCUCCUCAGGGACCUCAUCAGCUGUUCUACUCAGGGCCAGGUAGUGAGUGAAGUCUCCAGCCAGGCAGCAGACUCAUCUGGAAACCAUGCUGAAGCUAAUAACCUGCCCCAGUCUGAAAAACCUGAUGAAGGGGAAACAGAUAUUAUCCUUCCUCGGAGAGUUUCCCCUUUUCCUGGCCCUGUAGAAGCAGAAAUGGAAGCAGAUGUUUAUCCUCCUGGCCAGGAACUUACCAUGAAUCACACCUGGGUUCACCAAGACAUGAUGUCGAGUGACUCUACAUCCCUCCAGGAGGAUUCAGGCUCUAGUCCUGAUCAGCCUUCCCAUGCUGAGCAGGGUGGUUGUGUGGAAGAGAAGCUUGCUGAGCCUCCAGAGGAGAAAGGAGUGGGGGAUUUAGCAGCAGAGAGUAAAAGCUGUAAACUGCAUUUCUUUCUUCGAUAUGAAAGUGUUUUCUCUGAGGCCCUUUCUGAUGCCCAGGCUGUGCUGAAAAGACUAGAAGAAUGCAGAGAAAUUGAUGCCUUUCAAAAGGAGUCUCUGGUUGCCUGUCUGAUAGAGGCAGGGGAACAGUCGGUGUUCAAGAAACUGCUGAGCAAAGUGGAGGAUGCUCAGACCCUGGAUCCUCAGGCCCUCGUGUCUUUACUGAAGCUGUUUCAAGAUGCGAAUCCUAAAGUGAGAGCGGCUUUGCUGGAGAGGGAAGAGGGCAGUGGAGAAACCCUGAAGCAAACAGAGAGCACAGAUGAGGGAGAGACGCUGACUGCUCGCUUGCUGGGAUGCAGGGAGGAGCUGAUCCAGAGCGUGACACAGCUGAGCCCCAUUGUAGAGUUCCUGGAGGCAGCAGAAGAGGGAUUCCUGACUGCCUCGGAGAAGCGGGUAGUUUUGGAUUGCUGUGAAAACAGAUCUCAGAGGGAAGCCAUGGACAACCUGCUCAGGAAGGUGGAUGAAGAGAAAACCCUGAAAGCGGAAAGUUUGGUCAAGCUUCUGGGGGCUGUGAAAGCAUCAUUCCCUGGUCUCCACCUUCUGCUAGAAAACUUGGUGACAACAGCAAACGUCUCAGAUGCCAAAGCCAAAUGGAGCCCAGAGGAUUAUGGAGCCAAACUGUUGAGACAGUACCGAGAAAACUUGGUGGAGCUCCUCACAGACAACCAGAUGCUGCUGCAGGGCAUCUCUGCUGCACAGAGCCUGGCUCCUGCUGAGAGAGAGGUGAUGGAGCAGGUUGUAAAGUGUGAGGCCGGCGGUUUCGCCUCCCUUGUGUCGGCAGCGCUGGAGGAGCAGUCUUUGUCGGUUUCUGCUGUUUGGCAGCUGCUGCUGGCUGUGCGGGAACCUGCACCACUGAACCUGCUCAUGGAGGAGAUCCGGAAACAACCCGGUGCAGACUUUUUCUUCCAAGCAGUGGCCACCAGUGAGAGCACAGCCAUUGAGAUCAUCCUGCGGCACAGCAAGCUGAUCUCAGAGGCUAUCCAGCAGAGAGCAGACCUGGAAGGCUUGGCUCCAGGGGAGGCAGGACUCACAGAAGCAGUAAAAGAGCUACUGAGUAUUUCUGCUCAGAAGGUAAGUUCAGAGGCCUCCCUGAAAGCAGCUCUGAGCACAGCCCAGGAGAAGUCUGUCCCAGCCAUCAAGAUCUGUGAGCUGCUGUGCAAUGUCCAUGAGUCCUUCCCAGACCUGCAGCCAGUGAUGCAGGAGCUGGGGCAUGUGGGUCUCUUGACUGAGGGAAGUGGGGAGAAACUUGGCAUCAGGAAGUGGAAGGUGAACAGUGAAUCCCAAGUUGAAGCUCUGGACAAAGAUGAGGACAAGGCAGGAGGUUCCAGUGCCAAGGAACUGAAGGAACCCCAAGAAAAAGCUGCUUCCAAGAAGAGUUUUGUCUGCAAAGCCUGUGAUAAGAACUUCCACUUCUACUGCCGCCUGAAGGUGCACAUGAAACGUUGUCGGGUGGCCAGAGAAAAGCAGAUCCAGUGUAAGGAGUGCAGCGAGGUCAAGUCAACGAAGAAGGAGCUGGAGAAGCAUCAGCUGGAGGUCCAUGGCGUGGCAGGGGUGGCCAAGAAGAAGAAGAAGCGGCUCCCUGUGGCGUGCGACAUCUGUGGCCGAGAGUUUGCUCACGCCUCAGGGAUGCAGUACCACAAGCUGACAGAGCACUUCGAUGAGAAGCCCUUCUCCUGCGAGGAGUGUGGGGCCAAGUUCGCAGCCAACUCCACGCUGAAGAACCACGUGCGGCUGCACACGGGGGACCGGCCCUUCAUGUGCAAGCAUUGCCUGAUGACCUUCAUGCAGGCCUCGGCCCUCGCCUACCACACCAAAAAGAAACAUGCUGAGGGGAAGAUGUAUGCCUGCCAGUACUGCGACGCCGUGUUUGCCCAGUCCAUCGAGCUGUCGCGCCACGUCCGGACCCACACGGGGGACAAGCCAUACGUCUGCCGGGAAUGUGGGAAAGGCUUUCGCCAGGCCAACGGGCUCUCCAUCCACCUCCGGACCUUCCACACAGACAUCGAAGAUCCCUAUGACUGCAAGAAGUGCCGGAUGAGCUUUGCUACCCUGCAGGAGCACCGCAAGCAUGUCCACGAAGCCCACUCCCGGGAGUUCCACCCCUGCCCCACCUGCGCUAAAGUCUUCAGCGCCCCAUCACUCCUGGAGCGCCACAUGGUGACCCACAUCAGAGGAAAGCCCUUUAGCUGUGAGAUCUGUGACAAAGCUUACCAGCAGUUGUCAGGGUUAUGGUAUCACAACCGGACCCACCACCCUGAUGUCUUUGCAGCUCAGAACCACCGCUCCUCCAAGUUCUCUUCCCUGCAGUGCAGCUCCUGUGACAAAACCUUCUCCAGCACUGCUGCUCACCGAAAGCAUGUCAAGGCAGAGCACACAGAUGUGAAGUUCCAUGAGUGUGAGACAUGCAAGGAGCUCUUCCCUACGCUGGCUCUGCUGCAGGUCCACAUGAAGUGCAGACACUCAGACUCCCACCCAUUUUGCUGCUUGUACUGCUCGGCAUCCUUCCGCUUUCCAGGGGCCCUGCAGAGCCACGUCACCAGUGAGCACUUCAAGCAGACGGAGAGCACCUUCACCUGUGAGCUCUGUGGGGAGCUCUUCCCCUCCCAGGGUGAGCUGGAGGGACACUACAGCACUGAGCAUCCCAAGGUGGUCUUCUCCCAAGCCACCACGGCCCAGAUUGUGCAGGUGAUACAGACGUCAGAGCAAGGAGCAGCAGAACACAUCAUCUCUUUCGAUGACACCCAACUCGCUGGCUCCCAAGUCUUUGUGACAUUGCCUGAAUCCCAAGUGAGCCAAACAGGCUCUGAGCUGAUGGCAGUGACUAUGGAGGACUUGUUUGAUGACAAAGUCACUCUGAUUUGUGAAGAAACCAAGUGAGAGUGAGCGGUGGGUGCCCGUGCAUGACACCUGGUAUCCACUAGACUCUCUUGGGAGCUGUACCUCAGUGUGCUGCUCCAGCAGGGAGAUUCGGGGUUUCUUUGGGAAAGAAACCCCCCAGGUAUGCAAUGCUGCAAAAUAAAUGGUAUGCAGCAAGCACAGCAUGGCCAAGGAGAGAAGUUUGUAGACAUUCACAAGGGCCUGGGAAGUCUCCCUGCAAUCAGCAAUUGCCAGCUCAGGUGAGCUGGACCACCCAUUCCUCCUGGCUUAAGAGAAAUAAAGAAGCAGAGGAAAAGAUGGGAAUUGGGUGUAUUCCUCCACUGCUGUGAGCAGAGUGGAGGGGAGGAGACUAGUGCAAGACAAAGUUGGGGUGGUAUGGGUAUGUGAAACCAAAGGUAGAGAUUUUUAUGGCUGAAUCAGUGAGAUGCUUGCAGGUAUCUGAUGCUCAUCAGGGUGAGUAAGGGCUGCUUUAUUUCUUUUGUUGCUCUCUCCUGUACCAUUGUGCUGCCUGUUGCGCCAGCUAGAAAAAUCCUCCAGCAUGGAGCUGAUGUUUGGGCCUCUCUGCUCAGGCAGAGACUUCUUGGGAAUUGUUGUGCUAAAUGGCUUCAGAACUGUUUAGGUAAUACCCUGUGUAGUCCAGGUCUGAUCCCGUCCAUGUUUUUGCUGCGGCUGUCCAUUACAAAGAAGGGUCACAGGCAGGUCUAGGCAUCCACAUCCUCUUUGGGAGCAAACAGCCCUGAGAUCUCCCACCCCUCCUCUAGUUCACUGAGAACAUGCUGAAGCUGCCACAUCUGAGAAAGGAGAAGGAGCUGUGCCUGCAUGCCAGGGCCCCUCGUUACUGGUAUCAGUAGAUUGGCACUAAUGAAGGUAUUUCUGUCUGAGUGUGCAGUAGCUGCUGUGACUGCACACAGAUGUUCCCUGUGGCACACAGGGAAUUGCUUUGUAAAAUGUGUUCACACAUCAUAAGUACUGUAAAAUUUGCUUCUCUGGUGCCAGCACAAUGCAACAGCUUCAUUGCAGUGCACUGGCCCCUUUAAGGCUAAAUUUCAUAAAGCUUUUUUAUCUGCAGUUUCCUAAAAUAUAAUCUGAUAAUUAAUGGUUUGCUGAAUCCAUUAUGAAGUGCAAUUAGAUAGAUGCAGGGUUCCUGUGGCUCUGAGGGGACUGGUAGCAUUUAUCUUCCUUUCCCUCAUGCCAAAAGGUUGAACUCUGCCACUGUGAUAUUUACGUACUGAGCGGUGAUCCCCGCUGCAUCUCACAACCUGAGACCCAGCAGCGCCCGUUUUAUCAUGCUGCCCAGAGCCAUGGGAGCACAGGAGAUUAACAGAUUGGAGUUUUCCAGCAGCAUCUUGUGCUGGCUGCUCACAGCCACCAGGCAGAGGUGGUCACACAGGAGCGUGCCCAGGUGGUCGUGCCGGUGAGUUUGUUGCUCCUGUUACAACUCGGAGAGAAGUGAACAGCAAGGGUUGCUCCCAGGAGAGAGGCUGGGUGAAGCUAAUAUUCUGCAUGGCAUUUUUUGUGAGUGUGUGUGGCAGCAAGGUAUGACCUUGUUGAAGAGUUGCACAUGUCUUGAAGGGCUCCCACCUUUCUCUUCCUCGGUUGAAUGCAGGGUUUGUCCUCCAAGCUUUGCAGUGAUGGUGAAAUGGAGGAAGCGUGAGGUUAAGCUGCCACUGAAUCCAGGUAUGACCAGGAGAUGGUGCUCAAGGUCUUGAGGAUUGGUACUAAUGGCCAGGUGCUUCUGCACCUUUGCUGAAGCUCCUCUUGGGCUUCCCAGGCCUCUCCCAGCUCCUGGGCUGGCAGGCAUGGACAGCCGGCGAGCCACUGCAAAGCUGAAGCACAGCUCCAAGCCCUGGAUAUCACUGCUUAAAGAGGAGCCUGAAACAGGGCCAUGGCCACCUAUGGAGAGGGUAAAAUAUAUCUGUUACUGAGGUGAAGCAGUGAAAAAGCCUGGGACUUCUCUUGGCCGGGAGGAGAGCAGAGGGGGAACUGCUGGAGACUAUCUUAUGCCUGCCUGGACACAGAAGAGCUGUGCAUGGCGCUUAGGAUGAGUAUCGGCAUAAUGACAGAACAAGCAAGUAUGUCUUGAUAGUCUCUGAGCAGAUGUGUUGGAGAGGUAAGCAGUGAAUUUUGUACCACAGGCUGGUGGAGGUGGAAGCUGUUCCCCCUUUCCUGGAUCCCUGGGUCCCGGGAGCUGUGGAAGUCCUGCACAGGCUGCGUGAGUGCUCUGGAGCAGGGGGUGAAUUGUCUAGGCAGUGCUUUGCAGAUGUCCUAGGCUUCAUUUGGGAGCCAGUACCUGCAGGGAGCACUAUGUGAAACUGAUGUCCCUUUGUUCCUGAAAAACAUUGAAGGAAGAGAAAGGUUUAACAGGAUUUGGGGAGAAGCUGCCUUAUUUAUAGCCCUCUCAUAAGGCAAGGGGAACUUAGCUAGGGAAGAGCACGCACACAGUGUAUUUUGGCUUUGAUCUGUUUGGUCUCUGUUGACCAAGUAUUGUCACAGUUGAAGGGGGAUGGUGUGGAUCACACGUCAGGAGCAGUUCAGGCUCAUGUCUCCUGUUUAGGGCCGUCUCUUCUGCCUUUGUGCCCUGCAAGAGCCUGUGUGGACGUAUCCUCAGCAGAGUCCUGCCAGCAGUAUACACCCAGUGAGAGCUCUGCAGCUGUAGAGAGACCAUCAAGCAUCACCCAUAUAAGGAGAUAACAGCUCAGAUCCUCCCAUUUCAAUUUUUUCCUGCUGGAUGAAAUAUGUAUGUCAGAGCAAAUUGCAAUUUUAGCAUUCCCAUACCUGGAAGGAAGAUGCUUUUCCCAGGGCACAUCCUAGUCUGGUGUGCACAAUGUUGAAGAUGCUGAUCACUAGUGUUUUCUUUUUAUGCUGCUUAUUCUUUUUUUCUAUGUAAAAAUAAAACAUGGAGAAGGAAGGAUGUAGCUACAGAGUGUCAUGUAAAGCAAUUGGUUGGAAGGAAAAAUCCUUGUUUCUGGAAACAUGAUUUUUAUAGAUCUUCAGCCAGGUGUUGGGUGACCCACUGGGUUUUGUGGGGUCCUGUUCCACUCUUGUCCUUGAUGCUGUUCUCUGUAAGGAAGAGAAGCUAUUGUCAGGUCAGGCUGAAGCAUGGGACUGUCCUGCCCUUUGCUUUGUCCUCCUGUUGCAGGUGCCAGAUGCUUUUGGAAAAAGGGCAGAGUGCCUGUAACAGAAGCCUGGGGAGUAACAUCCCAUGGAGGACGUUAGAUCAGUUAAUGAUUUGUAUAUCUCCAUGCAUUAAUUGGUGCCAUUUAGGGUGCAGGACUAAGCUUGCAACUGUUAGGAAAUGUCUGGUUUUUGCACAACUUUCAUUCUGACCUGGUGUCUGUCCAGUUCACUGGGGGAUCCUUUGGAAAAAGGCAUGGUGCAGUCCUCACUUGGCACUUCCCAAUGCAAAGUGUAGUUUUGCCAGCCCCAAGGUGUUAUUUUAACACCUUAUUAUGCAAAUUCUGUGCUCUGGGCUUUGGAUUGGGUUUGGUUGUGUGUUUGUUUUUUGUUGUUUUUUUUGUUUUGUUUUGUUUUUUUUAAAUUUGACCCGUCUGUGAUUAGAUGUAAAGAUGAUGCUGCCUUGCCCAGGAGUGAGGGUUGGAGGUGGUGGGAGCACAGAGGCAGCUUGGAUGUUGCUUGAAGCCUCUCCUGGGGGAUAGGGGGAAGAGAGCAGGUACCAGUGGUCUGAAACCCCUCCAUGUGAGUUGGGCAGCCCUGGCAGCCCCUGUGCCCUGGCUGAUGCUGAUGUCUUGGCAGAUUUCAUUAUUGGUCUGUCAGGCUGCUAGCACGCCCCUGGUGAAUUCAAGCACUGGAAAAUGGGAGCAGUGAUUUCAACAGCCUCCAGCUUAUCAAACACUGAGUGGCGUUUUGCAGGGCAGAGAUGAGAUGCUUUGGCAGCCAGAGGGAAUUCCCUCUCCCGAAUAUCGUGGUUUGCUGCAGUGAGAGCUCAGGUGUGCUCCCCUGGGAGAUGGGCUCAAAAACCUUUUGUAAUGGGGAGGAGCAGGCUGGCUAAUGGAGGGGGCUCGGCUGCCUCUCCAGCAUCGGUUAAUGCGUCUAAUCUUCCAGCACAGUCAGCUGUACGAUGCCUUGUUGCAGUAAGUCGCCAUGAUUCCUAAUUUUCUGCAUUAAAACAGUGCUUUCUUUUAUUGGGUCUGCAGCCAGCCUUUUGCACACGAUGAAGAACGCAAACAGAAGCUCUCACUUUGUUCUCCCAGCACCAUUUAUCAUCACUCAAAGCAGGAUGUCUGCCCAGGUUUCUAAUCAUAUUUAAGAAAACCUGAUAAAGUGUAGCUCAGUCCAUUUAAUACAAGACACAUGGAUGCUUUGUAGUGCCUGCUGUUAAGUUGCUAUAUAUAGCUCUCAUCUACAAAUGGGAGUGGGGCUGGGAAGCACCUAUGGGUCAGACUUGUUCCUGUGACCUGCAAGGAAACACAAAGUCCUUGCCAGCAAAGUGUGCUGGCGAGACAGAGGUUGAAGGAGCAAUAAGGAGCCGUGGGGAUCCAAAUUGCCUGGCAUGCAGGCGCAGGCAAGCUGCGUGCAUCUUAGUAUCACUAAAUGUCAGGCUGUGUAUCUGGGAAGAGGUGAUGCUGGCCAUGCAGAGAGAGGAGGGGACUGAGGUCAGGAUGUCUGAAAGCAUCCUGAGGUCUGCUGGUCAUAACCAGAAGCGUGUGGAGCCAUGAGCGACGUUUAGGGGCUUUAGUAGCUGCUUUUGGCAGAAGUCAGGAGGUGUUUACUGCUUCGCCCUGCUCUGAGCGUUGCUGCAACUAGAUGUCAUUCCCGUACAGCUGCUCACCCACAGCAGUGUGUAAGUAAAUGACAAACUGAAGGCUGUGUGGGGAAACAGCUACCAGCACAAGUCGAGCUGGAAAAUCUGCCUUAUUGCACGGUUGCAAAGGAGCUCUGAUUGCUCGGUGUGGCUAAGGAGUGAGUGACCUGGUGGCAGCUUUCACCCCCCUGUGCUGGGGGACUGUGUUCGCUCCCGUCUCUGUACUCUAGCAAAGGCAAAGUGCUGAAGGGCAUCAACACUAGUAAGGUUCCAUCCGUACAGAUUAGCCUUAUUUCCCUUCCCCUCUUAGACACCCUUGAGAUGUCCAGCAUUGAGGGCAGUCCAGACAGUGGCCUUUCACUUCUGAUAGGGGCAGUCAGUCCCUGUCUUGUUCCAAGGGAACUCAGGGUCAAGUUUGUUGGCCAAUAAUCCCUCCAUCCCCUGGAUCGGGGAUAUUUAGAGCCCUGCAGCAUAUGGGAAGCCUGGUCUGGGCAGGCUGUCUCCUUGUGUUCUUUUCUGUGCUUCCCAGACCUUCUCCUGCUGGCCUGAGAGCCUCUUGCAGAUGGGGAGGGCUGGCCAGGAUGGAUCAGUUGUACACAUACUCGCUUGGAGCACAGAGUAGCUGCCAGCAAACGGGUCUGCCCAUGUAGAUUAGAUCUAGCUUGGUGCCGUGCAAAACUGCCUCAGCCCACAGGUCUUCUGGCCACUAGAAACUUCCUGCCAGAGAGUUUGCUCUCCUCUUCCUGGCUGUAAUAAGGUGAGUGGAGCCCUGCCUCAGGUUUCAAACUGCCUGUGGAGAUAAUCCAUGCCCUUCCAGCUGUGCUGAACCUGCUAACGGGCAUGAUGAUGGCUUUCCCUGACAUGUGAAUCUAGCUUUCUCUGCCCAAGGAGGCCAAGGCCAUAUGUCACCUACUCCAUGGUGUUGGCCUUCUUGGCCAGCACUUUGGUAGGGAAGAGCUCCAGUCCUUGCCAGCCACCCUCAUUUCUCCACCCUGCUGUGCUUCACCUGGACGAGAUCUCCCCGGAGGUUCAUCCUAGCCCUCCACCCACUUUCAUCCAGUCUCUCAUCACCCAGAGCAUCUUUCCCAAACCUCAUCCCAUGGACAUGGUGCAUCUUGAUGUACGCUUGCCAUGAGCUGAGCCACGUGCAGGGCUUUGCUGUCUGUAGAGACUACAUGUGAAUGCACAGCCAGAAAGUCUUCAGUUGCUGGUAAAUAACUCCCAUUCUGACCUUCUGCAGGAGUCACAAGGAGGGCUCUGCACUGGGUGGAAGAUGGGUGGGAUGGCUGAAAGGACCCACUGACAAUUACAGACAUACGGGUCAUUCCCUUUAUCCAACUUGUGUUGUUUUAAUUUCUUCCAGCUCUGAGGCUACAGCUGAGACACUAUUCGGUGCAGGACCACCCUGUCAGUUGAUACUUAAUGCCAUAAUAAUAUUACAUUUGUUUAGCCCAUUGCACUUCAAACAGUAAGUUGUUUCUUUUGUCUCUGAGCAUUUAAUAGCUGUUGUUACUGAGCUGUCCAGUGACACACGGGGCUUUUUCCAGCGUGGUUAUAGAUGAUAGUGAAUUUAGUGAUAUGCAGGAGUAAGUCAGAUGAUCCCUGUGGCGUGUGUGAACUUCCAUUUAUCAACACUACGUUUCCCUUGCAGCAAAACUGGUCUCUGUUAGCAGUGAAUUCCCUCUGCAGCUCCCUACAGCCUCUCUCAUCGACUAACCCAGAUAAUCCUCUGCUAUCUGCCACAUCUCAGUAGAUCUAUUAAACACACAAUAGUUCUGGUGUCCUUGUGUGUAACCAGGGUAGGUUGCAAGAUUUUAAAUCCCCCAGUGGAGGAUACUGUCAAAGUUUUAUUGAAAGUCUAAAUAAACAAACCACUUUUACUCAUCCA